GGCAGCUUCCCUUCAAGGUGCCCGUCGCAAAUCAGCGUUUUUGUUCCGACCAAACCAACUCCUCACCAUCAGCCCGGGGCCACUCACGCACCGCCGACCCCGCCAUGGCGCGUCUCGAUGAGUUGCAAUUCGACCCCGCUCGCCUCAAAAAGGCGAGCGUUGAGGACUACUCGUCCUCCGAAUCCGACGGCGACGAGGAAGACGAGUACUUGAUGCCCUCGCGCAAUCCGCACGACAGCGAGUUCGCCGAUUUGAACCCGCGCAAGCGACGCCGCACCGGAGGCGACGCCAAGGAGCGCGCAGCACUGGGGAUAUUCGGAUCCGAAAGCGAGGACGAGGGCCCGGGAGGGAGAUGGAAGCACAAGCGUUUGCGGGACAAGGCCGUCAGCUUCGUCUCAUCGGCGAAGGCUGAUGAAGACUAUGACGUUGAGCUCGAUGAUGACGAUGACGAUAAUGAUGAUGAUGAUGAGGAGGAGGAGGACGAGGCAAAUGACCAAAAGGUGGACGACGAAUACGACGACGCCAAUCCGGGCGCCGUACCAGCUUCCGCAGCAGCGGGUGAAGAGGAUGAGGACGAGGACGAGGACGAAGCGAUGGCAGGCGUGGGCUUGGGGUUCAAGGGUCCCUCUGCCGCCGCCGCCGCCGCAGGACAAGGCUUGGGAUGGACCCCCCCAACACAGCAGGCAAUGUUCAACAAGCGGCCGACUGCACCUCCAAAGCCGUUCGUCAAAUCCAAGGUCGAUAGCGCCAACCCCCUUGGCAAUGGGUUUACGCCAACGUCAGCGCGGGGGCCCACGCUUCUCGUCAAAGACGAAGAACCGGCCACGCCUCGCCCCGUGUUGCCGAGCGCCUUUAGCAAGACAAAAGGGGGAAAGACGAAGAUCAAUGCCAACUCCUUUGGCGCACGCAUGCUGGCCAAGAUGGGAUACGUGGAGGGCCAGGGUCUCGGAAAAGAGGGCCAAGGGCGGAACGUCAUCAUCGAAGCCAAUCUCCGGCCUCAGAAGGUCGGUUUGGGUGCGGUCAAGGAGAAGACCGAACAGGAAAGGCAGGAGGAGAAGCGACAGGCCCGUCUCCGUGGAGAGGAGGUGAUAGACUCGGAAGAAGAGGAGAAGAAGAAGGCCGCCCGGAAGAAGAAGGCUGUGGCAGGUGGGAUUGGCAGCAGACCGGGAAGCGGUACCAGCACCCCGAAGCGCCCAAAGCCAAAAUACAUGACCCUGGACGAGAUCAAGAAGGCCGCUCCGGGCCUCAAAAUACCAGAGGCCUUCACGCCGAUCCUCGACAUGACCGGACCCGGGAAGAAGUUGCUCACCUCUUCGUCUGGGUUGAUGACUCCGACGGGCGGUGCCGCUCCCGCCGAGUCCGUCGAGGCCGCAGAGAACCGAAAACUCGUCAGGCGUGCUCAGAACGACUUCCUGGCAAUCGUGGAGGAGUGGCAGGGUCUGCAGGAACGGAAAGCCUACCUCGACUUGCAGCUAAAGCAAGAGCAGCAGGAGCUAGAAGAGCUCUCGGCGAGCUUGCAGGGCAACAGAUCCGUCACAGCAGCAUCCGAGGCGGCCUCCAGACCGGCCGAGAGCGGCGAGGCGGAACCCAAAGCCGAUAUCUGUCACCGAUUGAGCCAGGUCAUCGCCGGUCUGGCGGAAGCGAGCAACUCCCUUUCCGACUCUAUACUUCCUCAGAUCAAAUCGGAACUCAGCUCGCUUGCCGUUGCAGCAAUCCACCCCCUCUUCAACCAAUACCGCCAGCUAUGGGACCCUCUGGAGGAGCCAAAACCCCCCUUUGUCGACGGCCUCAACUCCAUCCGCGGCUUGUUGGGCCUCGACAACGAGACCAAGAAGACGUACCGCAAACCCACCGCCACUCCCUACGAGACCAUGAUGUACGAGCAGUGGCUCCGCACCCUCUCGGCCACCGUGCGCGAGUGGAACGUCCGCGACCCGGACCAGCUCACCGCGGUCCUUGACGCCUGGUCUCCCCUGCUUCCGCCUUUCGUGCGCGCCCAGCUCUUGCGGGAUAUCAUCCGCAAGCUCGAAGACGCGCUGCAGAAGUGGCAGCCCAAGAAGCACACCAACAACCUCCCCCACCGCUGGAUCUUCCCCUGGCUGCCCUAUCUCCCGCCCUCCCACCUCGAUCCGAGGAGCUCCACCGGCCUGGUCGCCGACGUGCGCCGCAAGUUCCGCCAGCUGAUCGACUCGUGGGACUUCCGGCGCGGCGUGAUCCCGGGCCUAAAGCAGUGGAAGGACGUGCUCCGCCCGGCCGACGCCGGCGGGCGCGACUCCACGGCCACGCCGUCAGCAUCAUCAACAACAACAACAAAGGACAUGUGGCGGCCGCUCGUCAUGAACCACCUGCUGCCGGGCAUGGCGCGGUCCCUGCGCACGCACUUCCGCGUCGAGCCCCAGGACCAGGCGCCCUACAUGGAGGUGCUCGACCGGAUCCUCGAGUGGUCGCCGGACGUGGUGCGGCCGAGCAUGCUGGGCGAGGUGCUGGUGGCCGAGGUGUUCCCGGCCUGGCACGCCGCGCUGUACCAGUGGCUGCUGCUCGAGGAGGCCGACUACAACGAGAUCGGCGCCUGGUUCCAGUGGUGGCAGGACGAGGUCUUCCCGGACGACAUCAAGGCCCUCCCCUCCAUCGUGGCCGAGUUCGAGAAGGGCUCGGCCAUGAUCGAGCGGGCCCUCGACCUCGGCGACCGCGUCCGCGCCGACCUGCGCCCGCCCGAGAAGGGCCCCGCCCUCAAGACGACGCGGAGGGAUAGGGACUCCGGCGGGAGGGCGGAGCCCGCGCCGGAGCAGCAGCAGCAGCAGCAGCAGCCGGCGGUGUUGGGCCGCAAGCCCGAGGAGAUCAGCUUCAGGGACGUUAUGGAGGCCUGGUGUCAGGAGCAUGAUCUGCAGUUCAUGCCGGACCGGAGCCAGCUGCAUGCCGAGGGCCCCAUGUACAGGAUCACCGGGCCGGAGGGGAAGAAGGGCGCCCUGGUUUACUUCAAGGGUAACAGCUUGUUUGCCCUGGCCAAGGACCAGAAGAACCCGCUCGAGAUUCGGAGGGACAAUGAGGAGGACUGGUGGACGGUCUUGUCGUUGGUGUCUUAAUAGUUUGUGCAUGACCUUGCAGGCGGAACAGGUGAUGGGAGAAAGAAAUACAAUGGUCAUAAUAAAUAGUCCUUUGCGAACAAGGGUAUUGUCGGUUAUGACGAUAUUAAUCCGAACUUUCCAGCCCCAAAUGGCGGCGAUUGCUUUGGCAAUGGAUAGGAUCCAACAUUGGUACUGGUCCUUGCUCUCCACACGCUGUUGUCGGCUUAAUUACUCCUCGCCCUAAGCUCCCCUCCCCCCUGCCUUCUAUGUACAUGUUCCUCCUCUGAUUCGCCAACCGCUUUGCAGACACUCUAGACAGUAAGAUGUUU